UAGAGAGGGACAGACCAGAGUCAGACAUCUGGAAACUUUUGAAACUAGGGUAAAGAUUCCCAGAUGUAAAAAUACAUGAAGUCAAAAGGUUGGGAAUCAGGACAGAAGACAAACUAAUUGGGGGGAGGAGGCGACCACAGUGGACGAGGAACACAGUAGAGAACAGCAAAGAAAGCUCAUCGCAACGUUUGGCUGCUUCAGGGAACCUGGACAGGAAGAGGAAAACAAAGGGAUUAACAAAUUUGGGAAUACAAAACGGAUCCUACCAGUGAUAACAUUAGACAGAACUGAAACGCAUCCUCAGGAUGUCAGUGUCUCACAAAUGCUUGUGCUGCGUCAAAUAUGUGAUGUUUGUCUUUAACCUCAUCUUCUGGCUGGGAGGAUGUGGAUUGUUUGGCGUUGGAGUUUGGCUGUCCUUCACACAGUCCGAGUUUUCAUCCCUUCCUUUAUCCUUCCCAUCACUCUCGGCAGCCAAUCUGCUGCUUGUUGCUGGUGGCAUCACCAUGGUAACAGGCUUCCUUGGCUGUCUUGGAGCCCUUAAGGAACAACGCUGCCUGUUGUUCAUGUUCUUUGUGAUCCUCUUGCUCCUUGUUCUGACAGAAGUCACAGUAGCACUGGUAAUACACAUCUUUCGAGAUCAGUUGGAUUCCAAAGCACAAGGUGAAUUAAAGGAGGGAAUGAAAAAUUAUGAAUCACAACCUGGACUAAAAAAAUCUUGGGAUAAUGUCCAAAAAAUGUUCAAAUGUUGCGGUGUUACCAAUAAAACCGACUGGUAUGAAGUCGUCAAUGGAACACUGCCAUCGUCCUGCUGUUCCGUUGGGAUUGACCAAUGUACUGACGGAUGGAGUGAGCCCUGUUACCAAAAGGCCAGACAAUGGCUUCUGGAUAACAUUCCAUCAGUUCUUGUGUUUGGCGUUUGCAUCGGUGUUGUGCAGAUCUUGGCCCUGGUGUUCUCCAUGCUGAUGUACUGCCAAAUCACGUGUGCUGAAAAAUAUUUGGAAUGACUGUGGACGUCCUGACUAGCCCAUUAAGAGAGGGGCACAGCUCAAAAUGGCAGUCGAGAGUUACACAGCCAAAGUGACACAUGUGGAAACACAGUGGAAACGUUUUGGGAAAAUGAAUCUUUAAAAAGCUUGCAAUUGUUAAUCAAACACAAAAAGUUGUUUUGUCUUUUUUGGAGGGGGGGGGCAUAUCAAAGCAAUCUGAACAGGUGACGCAAAAAAAAAAAAAAAUCUCCCCACAUGUCCUCUUUGUACAUGUCAUAAAUCGAUACUUUAAAUGUGAUCAGUACAAUUUUACGUCCAUCUGCUUUGGACAAACCUAAUUGUAAUGAUUUAUGUCUCUUGAACAAGAGGCUGAGCAAAGCCACGAGAGGAGCAGAGAUGUUGAUCAUCCAUCCAUUUUCUUUAUCAUUGUCAUCAUUUGGAUCUCUGGGUGAGCUGCAGCCUCUCCGGGCUGACUUUUGCAUGUUUUUAGAAUGUGGGAGGAAGGAGUGACUGGAAAAAAGCCCACGUGAGCACCAUGAAAAAUGUACACACCACAAACAGAGCCCUAGCCAAGAUUGGACCUCUCAACUGUGAGGUAGACUUGUAAAGCAACAACUCCGCUAUGUUGCCACAUGCUGAUUAUAUGAAGAAAUGUAAAAAUUCAUGAUCAGAGGUGAACAGUGCUUAACACAUAUGAGACCACCAACCAGCAGAAACAGACUACCAACAGCUACCAAAAUGUAACAGUAUUGGUUCUUUUUAAGUCUACUCAUUGAUUUGCUUAUUCAUGGAUUUAUUAUUACUUUUUAAAUGAAUGCGCUGUUAUUCACUGAAACCCUUCUAAGGCCAUGGUCAUGUCUAAUAUAGUAUUGUUUUGGUGCUAUAUGGUUGCAGAGAAACUGAGAUGUUUUGCAUAACUGUGACCACCAUCUCAUGUUAAGAAACAAACCAGCCACCAAUUCUAUUUGUAGUGUCUCUGAUUAAGCAAAAAUCUAGUUCAGCCGUUUUUUGAAAUGCUUUGCUUCCUUCUAGAAAACUUGAAUCUUUUGUCUUAACACUGAGUGGUAUUUGGAACUAUUCACAUAUCUCUCCACUUCCAACUCAAGCAAAAUAGCCCCAAAUGUGAUAACGGCCACCAAAA